AUGUUUCGAGGAGAUAAUCCACAAUCAUUGAGUUAUGAACAACAAGCUAAAUUCAUUCAAGACAGGAUAACAAAUGUGGAAAAGAACUUUGGAGAACUUUGUGUCGCUUUCGGUGAUUACACUAGAAAAACUGCAAGACUACGAGACAUGGGAGACGAUCUUGUAAAAGUUUUAAAGGACUACGCAAAUAAUGAAAUAGUCAACAAAUCUCUAAGCACGGGCCUUGAAAAUUUAUCUACGACACUAACUGCAAUCGAAGAGUAUCGGAACUGCGAAGUACAACGAUUGGAGGCUAAGGUGAUAGGAGAACUUUGUCAAUAUGAAACAAUUUGUAAACAUGCUAGAGAGGAGUUAAAACAUACAAUGAACGUACGUGAGAAAGAACUGGCACGCAAGAAAGUAUUAGACAAAGCCAGAGAAAGACAACCCUUUAACAGACAGCAAGUGACUUACGCAGAAUCUGAGCUUUUGAAGGCUUCGGCAGAAAUGUCCCGCACUGCCAAAGGUCUGAGUGAACAGACAGAUUUCUUCGAGCGACGUAAACUCCAGCAGUUGAAGACCCUUCUGUCUAAUUUCGUAAUGAUUGAAAUGACCUUUCAUGCGAAGGCUGUUGAGCUGCUCACUGUUGCUCAUCAACAAAUUGGCGAUAUAAAUGAGAAAGCAGAUUUGGAGAACUUCAGAAGAAAGUUACGGUCGCCAGAGAAGCAGGCGAAUGCAGGGAUAUCCGCAAAAUCUGCAUCUUUGGCGUCACUCAUGAACCCACAGUCGCCAUCAAAUGAUGAAGAAUCAACGAAUCUGCGAAAAAUAAGGUCUCCAGAAAAGCAAGCCAUGAAUAGAACAAGCUCGUUGGCAGUCCUUAUGAAUCAUUCACCGACUCAAGAAGAAGAGACAUCGGUAGGUACUGAAUCUGAAGAAACUGACGAACAAGACACCUCCGAAGAAACAGAAUCUCGUUAG